UGAUUCGUUAAUUCUCCUUGAAUUACAGUUUCUAAUAGGAUUUUUUUUACAAAACUCUCCGUUAGUUACAAUUGAAAAAGUAGGCUUGUAAUUUGAUUACUGCAGCGUCAAUGAGAAAUUCUUAAUUUUUGCGAAUUCAGGAUUCAACAAAAUGGAAAGUGAUCAUCGUAUCACAGUGACGCAUUUCAUAAAUCCUCACUUAUUUUGGUAUAAAGCGAUCGGAGCUCCUGAUGAACAAUUCCACGUGCUGAGCGUUUUUGAACAAACAUUAGUAGAGCUUUAUAAAAAUAAGCCAUCAUGUGAUAAUUUCUUGCGUCCCGAAAUAGGGGAUAAAGUAGCUUGUAACUUUAUAGCAUGGAAUAAAUAUAUACGAGCCGAAAUAUUACAAAAAGCCGAAUUCCAGCAGGAGGAGUAUAUAGUGUGGGCCAUUGAUUAUGGAUUUCCAUUGCUUACGAAGAAAGAACAUUUACGAAAUUUGCCUAGCAAUCUUCAACUCGACAUUGGUCAUAUUCAAAUUGGAGGUAUUGAAAACAUAUAUCCAGCCGAACAAGAAUACGACGAUGUAGAAGGUAACUUGGUAAUGAUUAAGAAAGAUAAGUGGUUACAGAAAACCUGUAAUAUGCUAGAAAAGCUUUUGGCCGAUGCCAAUUCGAUAAGUUUUGCCAAACAUUUUCAAACUGACAAUAAUCAUGCAUGGGGUGACCUGAUUAUUGUCAACCACAAAGGCAUUAAAAUUAAUGCUCGCGACUAUUUGUUAAAGACAACAAAUGCCAUUGAAGAGCAUGAUUUGAUUUUUAAAGAAACUUGUUCUAAGUUUAAAACAACUAAAAUUGCACCUUGGCUUUCAAAUGACCGCAAUACCAAAAUGAAAUUCAACAAUAUCAAACACAAUUACAUUGAUCAUUCUAAACAAAUGAAUGCCACCUUAAUUGAUGAGAAUGCCAAACGUAAAGUGGAGGACUGGCAGGAGCGAAAUGAGCGUAAGAAAGUUGAAGCUGUUUCCGAACAAUUGGAGACUAGCUGUGAAAUAUCUGAAGAUAAUAUAGACGAUGUCACAUUUGAUGAUUCCGUAUCGGUGGCAAAUAAUCAGCAAGUGAAUUUUAUUGGGAAAGCUGGCAUUUUAACAAAAAUUAAACAACAAAAGUAUUCAUCGGAGAAGGACUUGCCACCGUUAGCUCUUCCGAAGUCAUUUGAAAUCGAUAACAUAUUGUUUGAUCUAAACUGGCCAACAGAACCACCACCAUCAUAUUCGACACGUUCUGGUUCAACAAAUGUCUCCUCUCGUUUACAAAAACUUGCUCAAUUGUCUAAAUCUAAGAUGACAAAAGAUGAUAAGCCUAUUUCGGCUUCAGCACAUCUAAACAUUCAUAGCCAACCUGGACCUUUAAUUGACUUAGGAGGAUCAACUGCAUCAUCUACGGUUUCAAGUGUUAAACUACGUCAACAAAAAUUAUCAGAAAUGCGUAAAAAGGCGGCUCGUGCAGAAAAAGAAUUGAAAUUAAAUGAACCGACAACAGUUCAUAGACCGACGCAUAAUUACAACGAAACCACUAAUUCGACAUUAAGUCAGUCAAAAACAUCAGAUAGUUAUUCAUACCAAUUACUUGAGCAAACUCUGUCAACAAUUAAUAAUACAACGACCGAUAAUAUACAGGAUAAUAAAAGUGAAAUAUCUGUCAAAAAUAUAAGAGCCAAGCAGUUAAUAGCAAUGCGUAAAAAGUUUGUAUCCUCAACGAUAGCAUCAUCUAAUGACGGCAGUCAAAUAAACACUCCCACAGAGUCACUAUUGUCUACAAACAUUACUCAAUAUAAGAGUAAACAACAGGAGAGCAUGGAUAAAAGUAAUAUUUCAUCAUUUAAUACCUUAGACUUUCAACUGAAAUCCAAAAUCAGUUCCAAACCAGAGGGUAAAAUUAUGCAGUCGAACGAAAUAUAUUCACUUGCCACGCCUUCAACAAAUACAGCAAAGGACAGAAUAAAGCUCUCUCAAUCUGGGUAUGAUAGUUUUACCAUGGUACCAGCUGGCUAUGAUAUAACACGGCUGCAAACAUAUAAGGACGAAGAAAACCAUUGGCAUCGUAAAAAAUCUACUCGUCACGAUUGUGUACCACAUGACCAAACAUCAUCGACCGAUGAAUUACUUUCCAAUAAUACAAACGAUCAAAGUUUUUCCUCAUCAGAUUUUUUUCAAGUUAAACCACCUAAAGCCAUAUCUCAAACUUCGGCAUAUCACUCGAAUCCAAUUCCUUCUUUAACUAAAAAAACGUCUAUUAAUUCCAAUACUGUGCUGGACACGCAGGUCAAUAGAUGUUCCCAACAACAAGAGGUGUCAAAUGAAGCAUUUGAAAUUAAAGGUAUUGGUGACAAUUACUUAUCAAGUGAGGUUUCAACAUCCACAAACUCCACAAUACCCAGCCAGAAACUACGCAAAAGAAGACAACUAAAAUCGCCCACAUCUCAACUGUCAAAAAUUGAUAAAAUUUUGCAAGAACAUAAUAUUGAAAAAGAAAUGGGAAAUACAAAUAUACUCGAUUUAAAGCUUCUUAAUACAAGCUCUAGCUCACAAAAAUCAUUAUUAGGUAGUACAUCAUCAAAUGCAUCGUGCAACGAUAAACAUAUUCCGCCUGUCGUCGCUAAUAGUAGUACUUCGCAUAAUGGUGGUUCGCGAUCCUCUUCGUCUGUUGAUAAAAUACGAAAUGAAAAAGUCUCUAAAGAAGUAUUUAAUUAUGAAGCAUUAAUGGAUGUAAAGCAUACCGAACACUUGCCCAUUGUAGAAGGUGAACGUAAAAUACAAUCAAAAUUCAUUGAUCAUUUGGUGUUGGCGCACUCUAGCAUACAACUUACGGCCAUUGAGAAUGUAUCGGAGGCUCCAUUUCUACCAGAAAUUCAUGAAGAAAUGCGCCAGAUGCGUGUUAAUAAAGUCUACCGUAUACAGGUGUAUGCAUGGUCUCAUGUAUUGCGCAGCAACUCUUUGUUCGUAGUUAAUCCUUCGAGAUCGGGGAAAACUUGGUCCUACUUGCCACCCUUAUGCAGCUUGAUUUGCUGUCGCGCUGAACUGAUAAAACCUUCAUAUGGGCCAGUGGCUAUAAUUUUGGUUGCCUCUUUGAAACAUGUUGAGAUGGUGAGCAAUUAUUGUCGUCGCCUAAUGAGUGGUUUGAAAAACGAAGCCCCCACUUGUGUGCCAUCAUAUGGCAUGCGUAAUUUAAUUGAAACCAAAGUUCAACUACUUAAUGGUUGCGGUAUAUUAGUGGCAACACCUUCCAGUGUUUUGCGUUUGCUCCACGAAAACGUCAAUGAGCCUCUAUUCGAUGCCGAACGUAUACAGCACAUUGUCAUCGAUGAUAUGGAUAUAAUGAUGUCUAGAUCUCAACAAGAUUUAGAGAAUGCUAGCCGUAUACUUUUUAAAAUGGCAAAAAAAUCUAAAUUUGAAAAAUUAUCACCACAGCUGAUUGUUACUUCUCGUGACUGGGACCGCCCGAUGGUGAAAUUAAUACGAAAAUCCAAUCAGCCUUUGCUUUUAAUUGGUGAUUUCCUAGAAGCUGCUGUGUAUGGACAAGCUACACUUUCUGUAAAAUUAAAAUCGAGUGCGGAAAAGAAUGAUACCAUAUUGAAGUUUAUUAUAAAUAUGUCAAAUUCUGCACAAGGUUCCGAUAAUCGUACACUAAUUAUGUGCAACGAGGAUGAAGAUGUACAAAAUGUAGUAAAGUUUUUACAAGAUUGUGGUCAUCACUGCAUAGGUUUCUAUAGCCGUUCGACAGAUAACGAACGAGUUACAAUAGAUGAAUGGAAAAUGAAGCUUUCAUCUCAAAUCCUGGUCUGCACGGAUGCUCGUUUCUGCGAACUCAAAAUACAAAAUGUAAAUAAUCUUAUUCAUUAUUCAAUGCCCACUUCGUGGACCCGAUUUACAACAAGAUUUUCCGCUUUAUCUCGCACUUAUAACAAUUAUGUUAGUCGCAAUUUUGAGCAAACUUCUGCUUUGUCUACGGCUUUUGCGUCGAAAAAACAUUGUGCUCAUUCCAUGAUACUACUUGAUGAAAAUAACAGUUUGCAAUUGCCACGUCUCGUUGACUUCAUGCGCAAACACAAUCAAACAGUGCACGAUGAAAUUCUAGCAGUUUCAAGGCGUGUCCUGAUUGCGCGUGAAGAACAAAGAAUUCUAAAUGGUUCGCUCUUAUGUCCGCAACUCUUGGAAUUUGGCGAAUGUGAUGAGCCACGUUGUGAUAAUCGACACGAAUUAACACGAUUUGAUAUAAUAAGUAAAAGCGCUGGUAUACCUAGCAGUGGAGAAAUUCGUAUACACAUAUUGAAAGUAUUUUCACCUACACACUAUGCAGUUCGUCUGUUACACCAUAAACUUCCCAAUACUACGAAAUGGGUCGAAGUUCGACGUUCCAGUGAAGCCCUAACCUUCAGUGUACAACUUAAUAUGCAUUAUAGUAAUGAAGGCAACCUAUUUUUACAUUGGCCCCCACACAUUAAUGACUUGUGCAUAUAUCAAUAUGCUGAAAACUUUCGAAGAGCUCGUAUACUAGAAGCUCCUAUUUUCGAACAAAAGAGCACCAAUGUGGUUCAAUCUAAUUUGAAAGUAACUCUUAGACUUAUCGACGAUGGCACCAUCAUAAGUUCUGUGAAAUGUAAUGAAAUCUUUGUGUGCGAUGACAAAUUUAAAGAUUUUCCUCCCCAAGCUGUGGACGUUCGUUUAAUGAAUAUUGUACCAUUUGACAAUGAACGUACGUGGGACUCGAAAACUACAAAGCAAGUGCAAAAAUGGAUAAUGGAGGAUAUUAAAUCCAAUUAUGUUGUACAAGCCAGCAUUGAUUUUUCACUGACCAAUACGAUUUGGGUAAAAAAUGUGGUAGUUAUGGAAAAGUUGACUGGUAUUGAUGCCUACUGUCAAGUUGUACAUUUAAAAAAAUCGUUAAUUGAAAAAAAUUUCGGUGUUCUAUAUAAAGGCGAUCGAAAGCAAGUGCGUGAUCUUGCUGAAGAAUUUGGUCUUCUUAAUGUUUGUGAAUUAGAUGUCGAUAAUUCCGAUUCUGAUUUCGAUUUUCAAUCGUGUAAAAAUGAAAGUAUUAAUUUUAUAAAGUUUUCAUCUUCAAAUGAUGAAGCUGCUAACAGUAGUAUGGAAUCAGCGAAAAAUGAUUUAGAACCAAUCAAGAAAAUAGAAGAUGGCAAUACCACCAAACAAAUAGUAAAAACAACAGAUGUUGAAAUGCAACCUAAUGACGUCGAGAAUUGGGAUGAUCAGUGGGACAGUGGUCGUGAAGGUGACAAGGAUUUUGUACCACUCAGCACAAACGAUUUACACAAAACCUCUAAACUAGAUGAGGACAAUAUAAAAAUAAAAUCUAUGAGAGAAGCCGACAGCAUCCCACCUAAAAAAGAAACCUGGUCUCAAUUGCCCUUAAAUGAAAUUGUGAAAGUUGAAAUUGGAGAUGAGGGAGAAAAUGGUAAUUGGGAAAAUAUAUUUCUUCAAAUUAUUGAUAAAAGUUCUAUGUUCAUGUUUGAUGAGCUUAAUAAAUUGAUUGUUAAACAUGUUGAGAGCAUUAAAUCCGGCAACGAAAAGCAAAAGGAAAUAUAUGACUUUAAACCCCUACACAAUUGUAUAGUAAGAUACAAUAAUCUUUAUCUAAGAGCUAAGGUCUAUGGGGUAUUCGGCGAACAAAUGGAGCAACGUUUGUACAGAUUUUUCUUGUGUGAUUAUGCCUGUUUUACUAAUGCUAAAACAGAAGAAUUGUACAAUGAUUUUCUAUACGAAACUACAGACGAAAUUGUUACCUUCACUCCAUAUCAAGCCAUUCAUUGUACUUUGGCAGGAUUAAAAUGGGACCGUUUUAACAAAAGAUAUCAAGUAACAAAGGACUAUUUGUAUGCUUGUGCUGUACUGGAAAGUCACACUAAUGAAAAGGACGCAUCAAAUUUACAAAACUUGCCUAUGAAUUCAUAUAAAAUUCUGCUUUAUGAGUGUGACAACGAAAAUGAAUUUGAGACCGCAUUGUUGUUGAAUAAAAUAUUAGUUGAUAACGGCAUUACAGUGUACGAUGAAGAAACUAAGAAUUUCUUAGAAUAUGAAAUCGGUAUGGAAGCUAAGAAUCAACUAAAAUCGAACGGUACGUUAGACGUCAAAGAGGAAGAAAUAGUUAAUGUAUCAAAAACAUACAAUAAAGAUGAAGUUUUAACGUAUGAACAAUUAAUGGAUUUCAUUAAAGCUGAUGCCUUUGAUAUUGAACUGGAUGACAUGAUGGAAGAUAUACAAAAAUCAGCAAUAAAAGGUCAAAACAAUAAUGCUGUUGACAUUUAUAGGCAAAGAGACAAUAAAUUGAAUAUAGAUAGCGAUAAAAAUGAAAAUAUUUCGGAUAAAAUGAGUGCAAGUGACAAAAAAGCUAAUACCAAAGUCUUGAAGGAAAAAUCAUCAGAUAGUGAAAUAGAUGAACAAGGUCAUUGUACAAGCUAUUCAAAUAGUAGCAUAAAAUCUUCAACUUCCUUGAGUUCUACAGAUAUCUCCAAUUGUUCCAUAGAGCCAGUUCUUCCCAAACCACCAGCGUUAAUAACAUUACAUAAACGACCUGCAACUACAUGGUAUGAAAAUGAUUGCAUGAUUUUUAUAUCAAUUCAUGCGCCAGAUAUCACAGAUUACCUACUUGAGGUGACCUCAAAAACUAUACUAUUUGUGGCUGAAAUUCAAUCAGAAAAAUCUGUAUUAAUUUUAAAUCUGCUUGGUUCUAUAGAUCCACAAUGUGUUUCCCAUGAAAUAAAAGGGCUUAAUGUUGUCAUACGUCUGAAGAAAAUUGUUUUUGAAAAAUGGCCGAGAUUAUUACGAGAAGCCACAAAGUACUCUUGGUUAAAAUACAAUUUCAAUAGUUUCGAUUCGAUUGACUUGGAAUACAUAAUGCCUCAACGACGUCUACACACAAUAUUGGACAAUGAAUUAAACUUCCAGGGACAACAUGUUGAUAAUUACAAUUCCGAUGAGGACAGUGAACGUGAACUUUAUCAAACAUACAAUCCCAUACAAGAUAAUGAUGAUUGCGAUCCAUUUUCUACAUUUUAAACUUUAAUAAUUGUUUUAAUGUCUUAUUUACUUAUUUUAAUGCCUUGAAUUAUUUGUUAUGAGUUAUUUUUUAAUAUUUUAUUUUUAAAGAUGAGUGAACUACUAUGUAUAAUUUAAAAGAAAACAAAAAAAGAAAAAACUAUUUAAAAUCAUAUUAAAAAUAAAAGUAUGUGUUUUUAAGAGAAAAA